AUGUCCGUACCCUUAUUUUUCUUUUUUCUGAAUUUUAAAUAUAUUUUAUUUUCAUUUCUUAGUAUAAAAUUCAUAAAAAACUUGUAUUCUUUGAGAAAAAUUCUGACAAUUAUCCGAUAUUAUAUUACAUCCCUAUGA